UAUGUCAUACAUUCCGUAAAACUACAGUUUUUUUGCUAAUACUUUCCAGUUUCUACUGAGUCAUAGACGAGUAAACAUAGAAAUAAAAGUAAAACAAAAUAGUUUGUUCAUGUUAACAAAUAUAUUCAAAGUUUUUAGAUAAUAUAACUUUCUAUGGCAUUAAAUAAAUGCAUCUGAAUAGGUUUUUAUAAAACCAAGAAGGUGAAAAGUUUCGAUGUACAUGUAAAAUAUAAUCUACUAAGACACGAAAGCAGAUAUGUGAUAUUCAGAUAUAUUUUUAAUAAAAAUACCAUAAAUUUACCUCGUGAUUCGAUAAAUGGUUCUAAAAUAUACUUGUAUGUAAUGAAUACGUAUUACUAUUUAGUACAAUGUGAUUUUCUAAUUAUUUGAGCAAUAAGAGUCUAAAAACGGUGCAAUUGAAAAACUUUGUAGUAAAUAGCAAAAAGUUUAUUGAAAUUAAUAUUUAAAACGCUUUUAAAUUGAGAGCAUUUUAUGGUUUUAAGCACCGAAAUAUGAUAUCAUCCCGAGCAGUACAAUUAGGACUUAAUUAUAUACAAAUUCUUAACAUUCUUCUUUUGAUAUCAGGCACAGCUGACGCAAUUGAUUGUUUUAAGUGUGUUUCAUUAAAUGGAAACAAUCCACUUUGCGAUGAUCCCUUUCAUAAUAACGUUACAACAGCCAUCUUAGAAUCACCAUGUAUGGGUGGUAGAAAAGGAAGGGAUGGAUUAUUCCCAGCCACUUCUUGUAUCAAAAUUGCUGGAACCUAUGAUGAUACACAUGAAACCUUAACAGUUCGGGGUUGUGCUCUAGACAGUGGAACACUAACAACAGAUACCGAAAUCAUUAGAAUGUCGCAUUGUGGUCGAUUUUAUUAUGAUGAUAGAUACGUUCAUGGAUGUUUACAAAGCUGCAAUGAUGCUGAUGCUUGUAAUAGCUCGACUCAAUUUUUCGAUAAUAGUUGCUUCCUUUCACUAGUCUUGAUUGUUGCACUGCGUUAUUUUAGCUAACGAGUUUCAUGAAAAUAAGAAGAAAUCAUUUUUUUUUUUUUGAAAUAUUCGAAAAAAAAAUUCACAUUACAUAUUUUAUAAAUAUAUCACUGCUGACCAAUGAUUUUAAUAAUAAAUUUUAAUACACAAUAACUUUUAC